AUGUCAGAUGACGUCAAUAACUCAGCAACUUCUUCAAAUGUUCACUUCGAUGACACCCCUUUCGAAGACGUUUUUGACAUAGAAACCGAACUUGGAAGUGGUCAAUUCGCAGUGGUCCGUCGGGUGAAAGAUCGUAAAACCGGUGAACGAUAUGCAGCAAAAUUUAUCAAAAAGAGGAGAUAUGCGACUUCUCGAAGAGGAGUCACAAGGCAGAAUAUUGAAAGAGAAGUACGAGUUCUUCAGAAGAUAAGAGGACAUUCAAAUGUUGUUGAAUUACAUGCAGUUUAUGAAACAGCAAGCGAUGUCAUUAUUGUUCUGGAAUUAGUGUCCGGUGGUGAACUAUUCGAUCACGUAUGUGCCAAAGAAUGCCUUGAUGAAGUGGAAGCAGCUGCAUUCAUCAAACAGAUUCUACUGGCAGUACGACACCUUCACUCUCUUCAUGUUGUCCAUUUGGAUAUAAAACCAGAGAACGUCAUGUUGAAACAGAGAGGAGAAUCACAUAUCAAGAUUAUUGACUUCGGGUUAUCAAGAGAAAUUGAACCAGGUGCAACUGUGAAAGAUAUGGUUGGAACUCCUGAAUUCGUUGCUCCAGAAGUCGUCAAUUAUGAACCAUUGUCACCGGCGACUGAUAUGUGGGCUGUUGGAGUUGUCACCUAUAUUUUGUUAUCCGGUGGCUCUCCAUUCCUUGGUGACAAUCGGGACGAGACCUUUUCCAAUAUCACUCGAGUACGGUAUCAUUUCUCCGAUCGAUACUUUAAGAACACGUCCAAACAUGCAAAAGAUUUCAUUUCUCGGCUUUUCGUAAGAGAUGUAGAUCAACGAGCUACAGUAGAAGAAUGUCUUCAACAUCCAUGGAUUCGUGGACCAGAAGGAAAUGCAAUUGAUAUCAGAAAAGCAUCCUGUAUCACAAUAUCUCAUAUACAAUCCUUUAAAACAAGACAAAGAUGGAAAAGAUGUGUUGAAUUAGUUAUGGUUCUUCUGAAGGCGUCAAAAACUUCCAGAAGGAUUGGAGAUGGACGGUUUGACCCAGAAGAUCUCGUGGCUAGUUGCACAUUGAUUUGUGCAGAAGAAGGCAAUCUUCGAGCCCUUCACAAACUCUCAGCUCUUCAUAAACUCCUUCCAAAUGCUGUGAGAAGAUCUAAAUCUAAUGCAAAUUCUUCAUCGGAACCAAUUGGAACAACUGCAAUGCAUUGUGCAGCGAAAUACGGUCAUGCUGAAGUAUUCAAUUAUCUUCACAUGAAAGGAGGAAACAUAUGUGCAAGAGACGAUAAUUGGGAUACUCCACUCCACGUGGCAUGCCGAUUCGCUCAGCACACUGUAGCUGGAUACGUGGCAAAUGAGAAAGUAGACGUGGAUUCAACAAAUAAAAAGGGAGAAACUGCAUUACAUUGUGCAGUAGAAUCCGCAGACACCAGAGUUGUUCGCCUGUUAUUAUCAUUGAGACCCAGGCUUGAUUUACCCAAUUCUGUUGGAGAUACGGUACUCCAUUUGGCUGCAGACAGUAUCAACCCCCGUAUUGUGCCGCUUCUUGUCUGUCUCUCCCCACCUCUACAUCUCCGAAAUAUUAUAUUUCUAGGACUCCAUCCUCUACUUAUGUACCGUGAAAUGAGUGCAAGAGAGAGCUCUCGUAGUCAGAAUCCAACUGAAACAGCUCUGAAAGAAUUUGUGGAGAGUAACGGGUUACCAGAGAAAGAUAAUAGAUUUCCAUCGGAUUCCGAAGAAGAAGAUGAUUCAGAAGAAGAGGAGAAAGAAACAGAGAAGUCAUGCACACGUGAAUUCAAGAAAUUGAGUGUAGUUCAAAGCAGUUCGAAUACUCAAACGGAUCCAUCAAGUUUCGAUAAUGAUGAUAAUUACGAAGACGACGAAGAUGAUGAUGAAUACCAAUCAGACACUGAUAAUACAAUUGUUGUAAUGCCUGGAUCUGUUCUCUCCUCAUAUCUUUCUGACCCUCUGACUAAUCCAUCUGCCAGUUAUCUUUUUGAAAGUCCCCGACCAAGAGCCGCUGAUUUUGUCUAUCCGGGACAAGAUCGAUACUCAAGACUUGGAAGUGUCCCAGCAUAUUCAUCAACUACAGCUUUCAUUCAGUUGCUAAACGACAUUUCCGAACAGCAUCCGGAUUUGUGCGAGUGUGCGCGAGAAGAAACUCCACUACAUGUGGCAGCUGCUCGCGGACACGUGGAUUGUGUUCAGUCACUUUUAGAUGCAAAUUCACCGCUUGAUGCAGUUGAACAAGAUGGAAAGACUGCGCUGAUAAUUGCAUUGGAGAAUGGAAGUGUAGAUAUUGCGAGCAUUUUAAUAACAAAUGGAUGCGAUAUCAAUCACGCAGAUAAUCAUGGCGAUACAGCUCUUCACGUUGCCGCCAAACACGGUCUCCUUCAAGCAGUUCAAACACUUUGUCAUUGUGCUGUUCAUGUUGACGCAGUCAAUGCAAACCAGAAGACGGCACUUCAUUUAGCAGCUCAUUAUGGACACGUGGACAUCAUCAGAAUUCUGCUUCUAGCUCGUGCAGAUGUAACCUUGAGAGGAGAUGAUGGUCUGACUGCUGAAUUGGUGGCAGUUGCUGCAGAGAGAUUAGAAGCUCACUCAUUGCUGAAAAUGGUGAAAUCGCAGGAAACCCGCGAAGAAUACAUUUCUCAACUGUAUCCAUUGGACUCUUCUCUUCGAAGAAUCAAACUGAAACUACUCGGACACUCACUUUCUGGAAAGACUCGUCUUGUUCAAACACUUCACUCUUCACGCGGAAUUUCUUCUUUCCUUGAAUCAGUAUCUCGUCGAAUAAGUGAUCAUUACAGUCCGUCGAAUUCAAUGAAAGAUGAUGGAAUACAUUCUGCAAACGGAUCUUUUGUGAAUGAAUCCAACAACAAUUCAUCGUUUGAAUUAUCGAAUUCGAUCAGUAACAAAUACGCGCCACCUCAUUCCCAAUACACGCGAGGAAUCGAUGUUCAAACUGUGAAUAUCAAUGGAUGUGGAGAGUUUUCAGUUUGGGAAUUCGGUGGAUAUGAACCAAUGCAUACGUGUUAUGAUCACUUUGUUGGAAACUCUGAUUGUAUUCAUUUGAUCUUGUAUCGGGCAGACGACGCAACUGAAGAUCAAUACAAACAAAUUCUCUAUUGGAUGAACUUCUUGAAAGGAAGAGUGACUCCAUUCGAACCAAUUGGUCACUGUGGAUUCUCUUCUCGCCGUUCAAAAGUGAUUAUCGUCGGAACUCAUGCCACGUCAACGUUAUUCCCUCAGAAGAAUCAAGAUGGAGAAUACAUUUCAUCUGAUAUCGAAGCGAUGUUGAAUACAGUACGCCUUCGCUUCGAGACGCACUUCGAUAUGGAUCACCGGUUAAUUCUUUUGGAUGCAACAAACCCAUCUUGCAUUGGAAUGAAAACUUUGAAGAUGGAAUUGGCAAAAAGUAGAACUAAUAUUCUGGCAAAACUUUUGAAACCACUGGCAAUUCUUGAUACUGUAGUGUCACAUUUGAAUUUGGUUCGAAAGAAACAUGGAAACUUCCCAGUUAUCACUUGGCCAGAUUUCAUUCAAUUGGUCAGAAACGAGAUAAAUCCGUUGACUGGAGAUGCUCAUUGUCGACAGAUUGUACAGCAAUUGCAGUUAAUUGGAGAGCUCGUGUAUCUUCGAAACGAUAUUUCUGAUUCUGAUUACGUCGUAUUGAAUCCUGAAUGGUUUGGAACUCAUAUUCUUGGUCAACUUCUGAGUGCAGAAUUUCUUUCGAAAGCCAGUCCGAACGGCUCAUACCACACAAGCUCUCUCGCCAAAAUCUUCCCAGAAAUCCCAGAACAAUCAGAGUUGAUGGCAAUACUUGAAGUUCUUCAACUCUGUGCUCCAGAUGCCAGAACUGGUGCUCACGAAUUCCCAGUUUUCAUUCAAACAGAAGCACCUGCUUCCAUUUGGAGACCGGAUCCUUUGAAAGAAAAAGAAGAAGAUACGGUAUAUGGAGGAGUGAGAAUUCUUCCGAUGAGGGGAAUGGAAAGAAGCCUUCACAGUACAUUCCCAAGGAUUCAAGUGGCUUUGAGAAGGAGUAUUAAUGUUUAUCAGACAGCGAAAGACACCCAACUUUAUCAGUGGUCUGAAUGUUCUAAACUCGUGUCUCAAGAUCGGGAAGCCGUUAUCCGAAUGGUUGGAGACGCCGUUGAAAUUCGUGCGCGUGGAUCUUCGAAAACUGCUACACCAAUGUUCUAUUUCAUGGAAGAUCUCAUCACAUUAGUAGAGCAAUCAGCUGUUGAAGUUGGCCCUGGAAUAAGCCUCGAACGACAUUUCAUAAGCCCAAAACAUCUUAAAGAACAUCGCGAAAAUCCAGCACUAUUCCCACCGGAAGCAAUGAUGGAAAUGCAACAAAGAGAAUCACUUUCUGUAAAAGGAACCCAAGACGAAGAAGAAUUAUUCACCGAUGUUGUCUGUUUUGGUUCGUGUGACGUCGCACGUCAUCUGACUCUUGGAAUAGAUGUGGGCGUGGCUGACCUGCAAAUGGCGAGUCGUUGUGAACUUGCUUGUCUUUUGGAUCCACCACAUGCAAUGGGUAGAGACUGGUCGAUUCUGGCGGUCAAGCUUCAGUUGACUGAUCAGGUGCCAGAUGUCGAUUCAACCGGUCAAUCCCUAUCAAGAACCGAUCAAUUGCUCAACGAGUGGGCUAUCCACCAUCCGGAGCAAGCCAGUGUCGGAAAUCUUUGUCGAAUUCUCGUGGAACUGGGUCGUUGUGAUGCACGAGAUGCACUCUAUCGGACAGUUCCACUCUAUGUUUUUGCACCACUCGAAGAACAAUUUUUCCUGGAAACGAAUGAUAGUGGAGUCGUCUCUUCAUGUCAUAGUUCCAGUGAACAUAAUCCAAUCAACAUUUAA